UCAACAACUAAUAUUAAUAUAGAAAUGUCGCGGAAUAGAGGAGGUGAUUAUUUCUCCGUUUCCCCACCUUCUGGUUAUUAUUCUUCAAGAAUUAUAUCACAAAAUACUGGCGGAAUUCUUUCCCGAUCGAUGGAAGAUCAGCGCCAUUUACCUUUAACUGCUGCUGAUAGAGCUAUUUAUAGACCUAAAAAGGAAUAUUAUACUGGAGAAUUAUUCGGUGACGACAUUAUAAAAAAUAAAAUAAGAGGUGCAAGUGUUGGUGAUAGAUAUUAUAGGAGUAGUUCUGCUGAGAGAAUUGGAGGUAUAACAGUUGUCCCAAUUCGUCGUGAAGCAACAUUACCUGCUAGAAGAUUCCAUUCAGAAUUGAGAAGUGAAUUGAAAAGGGAAGGAAUUGACGAUAUUUAUGGAAAUGUAGGUAAACAACUACAAUCUUACGGAGGGAAUUUUGAUCGGUAUUCAACAUAUGAUAAAAGACAACAACAAAAUUAUGACCGUCCUUUGACAACUUUUGAUAUUUGGAGGGAAAAAUAUAAAAAUGAAGCAAUUCAAGAACCCGAAACUUUAGCUACUUCUUAUACUAUAAAUUAUCCAAAUGGAACUGCAACAGCUGCAGAGUAUUCAACUUUUCAACAAAAUGUUGAUGGUGAAGGUGGAACUGCAUUGAAGCAUUUUCAACACACCAAACAUCAACAGAAUCAAAGAGAAUACAAGGAAUGGCAUUCAGGCGAUAAACAGCAGCAUCGUUCUGCUGCCGAUUCUUAUACAACAAUGGGAACAUUAAGGAAUUCGGCAGAAGAGAGACAAGCUAGAAAAGCCAUUCAAUAUCAUCAAAAACAAGAAAAACAGCAUCGCGAAAGAGGAGAGGGAGAUCAUCAUUAUCAUCGCCAAAAUUAUGAACAUUAUACGAAUGGUUGGGUUGGUGGUCAUGGUGAUGGGAUUAAUUAUCUGAAUAAAAAGAAAGACAAAAAAUGGCAAAAAAGUAAAGGUUCAGCAGAGGAACGUUGGUAUGAUGGAAGAAGAAAUGAGGAAUAUUUUGACAGAAAAUAUUAUAGAAAAUACAGAUUUUGUUGUUUUGACAUUUUUUGGCCGCCUGGAGGAAUAAAACAAAAUAGACCACACCCCAAACAACAAAAACACCCACAUACAAUAAGCCAGCAACCAUCCCCGAUGCCUUUAGAACAUAGGCCUUUCUAUUCUUAUAAUAAUUCCUUCAAUCCUCCUCAACAACAAACUGAUAUUCCUGUCUAUCGAGACAGAGUUGGAAGGGAACAACAAAAUGGAAGACCUCUAGCAGCAUCACAUUCAGACUCGUCAUAUGGCCAUCGCGAAAUUCCUGUCAAUCGAGAACAGAAUUAUUCUCAUAAAUAUUAA